AUGUCCAAGCCUCCGCAAAAGGCAGGGUCAUCCGCUGCGGCGAGUAAGGCAAAGGCUCUCAAGUUUAUCCCCAAGACCGUGGAUCUCCUUCGCGGAAACGAUGCUGCCAAGCGCAAGGGCAAAGGCAAGGAGAAGAGCGUCCUUAGAGGACUUGCCGACCUUGUAAAGACCUCAGAGAGUCUCCCGGGAGCAGUCCACGUUGAACGCUUUGCCGAGACCCGCGCCGUCGAGAUUCUCGCGCUUCAAAAUGCCGUCAAGCUCGCCGCUUCUCAGAGCAACUCGAGAGCGUUCCAGUCCCUCCCUCGACACUUGCGUCGUCGCGCCGCUAGUCACAAUCCGCGCCGAGUUCCCAAGCGUAUGCGCAGCCGAGCGGCAGCUGAGGUAAGUGAAAUUGUCUCAACUGGAGCUGACCUGCAGCUAGAUCCAGCAGACCCAGGCGUCCGCAUUUACCGCAAGAAGGCCAAGCUGAGGGCUCGAGGCAACUUGAGAGGCCAGUCUCGGACUGAGCAGCUGCGAGCUCGUCAACGCAACAAAAGGUGGUUGGGUACGCAUUUGUUCCAUGCCAAGCGAUUUCACAUGGUCAACCUCUGGGGAUAUCGUCUCCCCUUGUCGCCUACAUUGAAGUCUUUUCGCUCAUCAUAUCGUGCCGCUCGUCGCAAAGCUGUUCUUCACGACACGAGCUACUUUGGCACCAUUGAGCUGGAGGGUUCACGUUCAGAAAUAGUCGGUGUCCUUGGGAAGGUUACCGUUGGCGGAGCGUUUGCGGGCAGCAAAUACGAGUUUGGUGCCCGAAUGGCUCAAACCAACAUCUACACUUCUGGCUCUGUGCCCCACGGCUUAAUUGGCCCUGUGGAGCUCUUUUGGCAGCCGCAGACCGAUAUCAAGCUUCCCGAGCGCCGGCUGUGGAUGCGGGUCCAUCCCUCCAUAUUUGAUGAUGUGCUCGAGGCCCUUCAUGAGGCAGCGAAAGAGCGGGCUAGCGAGGCUGGAUCUUCCAGUACGGGCCCUUCACUGAACAUCCGCAACCUCCGGGACGACAUUGAAUCGUUUGAAAUUAUGGGUCCCCUUGCUGGCAAGGUCAUCCAGCGUGCAUUGCACAUGUGCAAGUCGCAGGGCAACGAUAAACGUAGUGCUGUCAGUGCCAUUUUGCAUGCCGACCCUGCAGCAUGCCCAGAAGGGGCUGUGCUGGGCGCUACCGUUUACGACCCUCGCCUCUUACCCCUUGUCCUCAUCGUGGCUUGCACUAAGCGAACUGUGGGACAGUGGGAAACGCAACUCGCUGUUGCACCCAAACUUGGCAUCCCUGGUACCCGCCUGCAACCGGGCGCACAGGACGACCGCAUCCCAAUCCUUAUCGUGAAGCGUGUGGUGGAGUCCCGUACGCCAGACCAUCAGUCAAGCGCAUUCCAUGGCUACACACUUCUUUUCCCGCGCGGCUGGAGCAUGGCCUUCCUUCCCUCGUUCAUCUUCUGCAAUGUGCGACUGGUAGGCUUGUCUGAAAGGAGAGUGCAAUACCGUGAAGCCGCGGUUCCAUCUUUCCCAGAGCACUACGGGGCUGUUUGCCCUGCUGGCGUAGCAUGGGAGGAGGAGCUGGCGCUGAGCGAGCAACAACGGUGGCUGCGCAAGCCUCCUGGAAAAAGGCCAGAAUACUCUACCUUGGGCACAAAGUGGCCGUUCAAACCCGACUGGCCAGCUGUCCUCUCGUCUAGUACCCACAGCGACGUCGACGAGACCAGUGUGCCAAACGUUGAUAUCAGGCCGUGGUUGGCCAAUCCGAUCUUCGGCAAGCAUGUGAACCAGCUCAAUGGACCAGCCGAACCUUCAUCUCGUGCUCUUGCUGCGUUGAACGCCUUCCGGAGGAACCGGGGACUGGUGGCGUUGGAAGCAGAGCGGGCCGAAGACCUUCUCCGCAGUGGGGUCUGCCACGUCGAGGUUAACAUAAUCGGCCGAGGCUCACCCUCUGACAUGGCAAUGCUUUACGCCCUCGAUUCCGAAGAGCGUACACGAUGGCUCGACGCAUACGAGCACGACCUGGACACCAACCAAAUCAAGAGCCCAAUGGACGACCAUGUCGGCGAGAUGCUGCGACUCGGUGAAGAAGGCACCGGCGCGAGCCGGGUGAUCGGCUUCGUGUCGACUGGUAACAUCUCCCUCACGCGCGGCCAGGGACACGCGCUUGCGACAGUGUCCCUCGCCGCGUAUCUCGGUCUGUUGACCGCGGCUGAGGCUUCCACCAGGCUCAGACUCCCUGUUGUCAAGUUGAAGAACCGCGAUGGUCUUGUCUGUCGUCUCGCAUCACUGUCUCUGGUCCAGUAG